CUGUCCAGACGCGCUUUUCUUUCUCGGAGACGCAAAGUGCGCUGCUGUCCGUGUUGGAGGCAGAGCAAGUGCCUUGAGAGGAGCAGAGGAGAGCAGCGGCUCCGGGAUCUGAAUCAAACUGCUCCUCCACCUGCUGAGACAACUGCGCAUCCAGUUUCUGGGUGUGCCAAACAUCUUGGUGUGUGUGUAUGUGUGUGUGUGUGUCAGUGUGUGUUUGGGCAUUUUUCCAGGCUGAGUGGAGACGCGGAUGACUUGACUUUAUUGUAUCAGCAUCACUCCUCCUGCUGAUGUGUGUUCGUGGUUUGUCUCUGCAGUCCAGAUGUUUCUGGACACACACAUACGCACACAGCCGUGCGCGCACAGAGCUGCCUCUGCGGAUGUCCAGUGAUUUAUUUGCUCAUGUAGUGCAUGGUCAGGGGUGCUGAAGUUGAAGUCUGAAGGUGUGAGCUCCAAAUGCAUUCACUCCUGGGCCGGGAGAAGAAAGAAGAAGAAGCCGGGUUUGGGAUCGAUCUGGGUCUGUCUCAGGGCUUUCUGCCCCAAGCUGCCACCAUGUUCAGCUGUGUGGGCUGCUUCUGGGUGCUCCUCUCCUCCGCUUUGGUCGCCGUUUGCAGUUUCAGCUUCAUAUCUCCUGCCUGGAUUGUUAAGGACCAGCUGAGGAACAAUCACCACCAUCCUCACCAACACCACCACAACAACAACAAGGACUCUGUGAGCUUCGGCUUGCUGUGGCACUGCUCGGAGUCUCUGGAUCACAUGUACCGAUGCUACACCUUCGGGGGACUUGGCAAAUUUGCAGAGAUCCCCUCCAGCUCUUGGCAGACCAGUGCGGUGCUCUGUUCGGGAGGCUGUGCUCUGCUGGCCGUCAGCUCCCUGUUGGCCAUCAUCACCAUCUUCCUGCCCAGUGGAGGAUGUGAGAGGAGGAUCUGCACCCUGGCUGGAUACAUGCAGAUGGCUUCAGUGUUCAUCAUGGCUGCUGGUCUGCUAGUCUAUCCCUUUGGCCUAAACUCCUCACUGGUCAGGUCCUUCUGCGGAGACUCUGACAUCUACUACGCUGGCGAGUGCCAGAUCGGCUGGGGCUACAUGCUGGCUAUCGUCGGAGUCAUGCUCACCGUCUUCUUGCCCUUUUUUGCCAAAUAUGCACCGAAGGAGCAGCUGUCACCCACCCCUCUGCCAACGUUGUUAUAGUGCAUUGAUAUUGGUUUUAUUUCCCUCCUGACCACUCUCUCUUUAACCUGGGCUUAAUGUCACGGAGAGACACCUGCAUCCCGUUUUUUUUUAACAGUGAUGCUGUUUGGGAAGCUCCACUCAGCGAUAACUGAAGCCGACACUCAACAACGAGCACUGUCUUCCUGCAUCUGUUAUGUAACAAAUUCAGAUUCAGUUAAUUUCAAUGGAAUGUUUUAUGUUUUAAUAAUGCUUUGUGGUUAUCAUUUUUACCCUCAGAUCUAACAGUUUUACAGCAGUUUGACUUAAAUGUUUUCUUCCUGUUAGCUCUGGAGACGAUGAUUAAAAAAGGACUGAUAAUAUAAUAACACGAUUAAAAGAAAAUUAAAGUAACAAGUACUUGCUAAAAAAAAAAUGUGAGUGUUUUUUCGUUGUGGGUAACAAAUCAAGAUAUGUAACAUUCCAAAACAGACUGGCUGCGUACAGAGAGUGGAAGCAUGAGGUUAUUUUGACUCAUUCAAUCAAAUAAUGUUUCAAUAAGAGGCUCUGAAGAACAUUCGAUCCAACGAUGGAGCCCCUUUGAACAAAGAUUGAGCUCUGAAGGAGUUGCAUCCAGUGACAAUGUUUUGUGUGAAAGUGUUUGGACUGUACAUAAAGCCUGGAUUUAACCAAGCUGAUGUUUGAAGUUUCGAAAUUAAAAACUCUGACACUUUGAAGGAUUUUUUUGUUUGUUUGCUCUUCAGACUUUUUCUGCCUUGCAGUCUUGUGACCAGGCAGUGAACCGAAGACGUUUAAGCUUUCAAAAGGCGGCGCUGCCGCUAAGGAAAGGACACAGCAUCAGACCUGCCGAGAGGACAGAUGGAAACACUUUCUCAUAACGAGGAAGCGAAUCAUCAUAAUAAGUAGUGGUUUCAGAGCAGUGCUGUCAAAAGAUUUUAUGUUGGGAUAUCGCAUCGUUUUGUUAAUCUUUUUCUCCCAGAAUUGUUUGUGAAAUGUAACUCGCUUGUUAAACUUUAAGCAAUUGUUUUCUGUCUAUGACACACACAAUACUAAACACACUUAAUUCAGGAACAACAAAAAAAAAUGAUCGCAAAAGGCAGGGAGGUGUAGGAAUUUUGUCAAAAAUGCAUGAUGGGCUUUGUUAAUGGUAGAACAAUUGAUCUAGAUUUUAAAUGUGAUCUGACCAACUUGUGCCUUUUAACAUAACCAAGACGAAGUGUCAAUACAAUUAUCAGGUUGUCAUCUUUUUUCUGCUGAAAAAAACGUGGGUCCUCUUGUGUGAUGUGUGUUUUUUUUUUUGUUCUCUUAUAUUUAAGAGGUUCUCCUGGACUUGAUGCAGUAUGAUCUCAUUAACUUGAGGAAAUGUUCUUGGAGGAU